UUCCGCGCCUGAGUGCCUGCUUUCUAGCGCUAACGUUCGUCCGCUUCCGGUUAGCGGCUCAAAUUCUGUUCCGAUUCCUGGCAACUACAACUACGCGCAUACACUGUUUCAUUGCCAGCGCGUUCCGUACUUGUCUAGUUGGCCGCACAUACUCAUGCAAGCAACAACAAAAUGCAAUACAAGCAGGAACAAAAUACAGAACUAGGGAAGAAAACGGCGGCGCGACUGCAAAGGAAACGAAAAUCCUCCCUCGUUCGCGCUGUAGUCACAGUGCUAGCAGUUAGCCAGCCAGUGAGUCGGCCUAGCCUAGCCGGGUCAUGCAUUUUGAAUUCGUGACUUAUAUUGGUGACGAAGUGGCAGUGUGAAAUAUUACAUUAGAGGCGAAAACAUUUUUAUUUAUUGCAAUUUGUUUUUGAGGACGGCUUCAUUUUUAAAUUCAUACGUUAUAUAAUAAAAAGCUGUGGACGUGCGUAGUUUUGAGUUCAUCUUAUUUUUUGGGUGCAUUUUGAGUACACUGAACCAUAUCACACCCUCAUGGCUGCCCAACAGAACUCCACGCUCAUCUACGACAAUUUGGAUGAGUGUCCCUCAUUGCUAAAAGAACCCGAAGAACUGAGCAGUUAUAGCCCGAUCUUACCUUUGAAAAAUCAAAAUAAUGCCAUUAAACAGCAAUUGAAACAAUCGCAUAAGAACAACAACAAUAAUGACAAUAAAAACUCAAAUACUAAAGAACUUCAUAAAUAUCGGAAAUACACGAAGGGUCGUCAUCACGGAAAUUAUGCAGCGAGUAGCUGCAGCACGAAGAGCAGCCGAAGUCGUACGAUAUCUUUGAGUGGCGUCAAUAGCACUGAGGAGCAAGGCCACAAGGAGAUACCCAUUUGGCUGGACGAGGAACCGCGUUACGUGUCCGGCGUAAAUAGGCGCACCACCUGCAAUGACAUUAUUAAAGCUUUGAUUGAUGAUGAAAUCCGUAAUGGCGGCAAUUACGAUUAUUUUUCCAAUUGUACCAAAUCUGGCGCAGCAUCGCGUGACUACAACGAUUAUGUUAUAACGGAAAGUUGGCGCGGUAUCGAGCGCAGCUACGAUGGCAAUAUGGCAAUUUUGCCCGUUUGGAAAGCCUGGAGUCGUGUGCACAAUGAGAUCCGGCUUACCCUCAAGCACCACAAAGACGUCGCAGAACCAGCACCGCCAAAAUCAAGCACUAACUGGUUCCAGACUCUGCGAAAGUAUUUUGCCAAAUUAUUGAAAUUCCCGAAACGAAAUAAAAAAAUGCUGCCACCUGCUAUAAAUAAGCAACAAAAUAUACUUUUACCCAUCAAAGAAGAAGAAAGCCCCGAUGAAAUCAUCUUUGCUCUAUUACCCGAUAAAAAAUAUGACAAUUCAUCGGCAUCACCGAAAACUAACAUUCCCUCACAAAACGCCUACAAUACGCAUGAUCCCGUUACAAAUGCUGAGAUGCUAAAGAGAAAGCUCUACAGCCUAUCCGAGACGCGCGUGUCCAUGCGUCGCAAACGACGCGUUAACAAAACACCAAAGCGCAAAAAUCCGCAACCACGCGAAAAACCGCCAAAUCAAAUACACGAAGUGACAAGUAACUGUAUACGCCGACGCAAAGAUGCACCCUUACGGCAUUCCAUACGGCACAAGUUAGCGCAGAAGACCAACGAAAUCGAUAUGCUUUACAAACGUGAAUACGAACUCACACAGCGUUUGACACACAAGUCCCAACUUUAUAAGCUGCACAACGAAUUGUAUGCCAAGGCGGACCAACAGCUGGAAAUCUCUAUUGGCCAAAUACAACGCAAUGUCGAGCAGUAUGCCGAACAAAUCAUACAAACGGAGCAGGAAUUGCGCGAGUUGAAGCAGGAAAUCAAGCAGGAUAUAUCGAUUGUGAAUAAUCUCAAGCGCAUGGCUCUAAGUAGUGCGGAGAGCGCAAAUGAUUGCGGUGUACCGCUCAUGCCCCAACUGGUGGAAGAAGUGCAGCAUGAAGUGCAACCGCUGAAGAGUGUUGUCAAUACGGAAAUGCAAUUUGUUGACAAUAUUUAUGAGUUCUGUGACAACAAUGCCAGCAUGUUGGUAUAGAUUUGAGAAAGAAAUGCGAGCCUAAGUUGUUCACUGUUUUGGCAGUUCGCAAUCGUACGCUCUGCAGAAAUGUCAAAUUGCACUCAGAGUUGCUUAAACACUCCUUUAAAAAAGUAUUUUUUAAUUGCUAUAAAAUUUUAUUUUAAGCAUAUUUCAACAUAAAUUAAUUUUUUCACA